AUGGCUUCCUUCAGUCCCACCCAAAUCUUCGAGGAGGGCACCACACAGGAGAAGGGUGAGAAUGCCCGUCUCAGCGCCUUCGUUGGCGCCAUCGCCGUCGGUGAUCUGGUGAAGAGCACACUUGGCCCCAAGGGCAUGGACAAGAUUCUGCAGUCUGCCUCGACCGCCGAGAUCAUGGUGACAAACGACGGUGCCACCAUCCUCAAGUCCAUCUCCCUCGACAACGCCGCCGCCAAGGUCCUCGUAAACAUCUCCAAGGUUCAAGAUGACGAAGUCGGUGACGGUACCACCUCGGUCACCGUCCUCGCCGCCGAGCUGCUUCGCGAAGCCGAGAAGCUCGUCGACAAGAAGAUCCACCCCCAGACCAUCAUCGAAGGGUACCGGAUAGCCAGCCAGGCCGCCCUCAAGGCCCUCGAGGCCUCUGCGGUCGACCACAGCAACAACCCCCAAGCGUUCAGAGAAGACCUCCUCGCUAUCGCGCGGACGACGCUGAGCUCCAAGGUGCUCGCCCAAGACAGGGAUCACUUCUCCAAGCUCGCGGUCGAUGCCAUCAUGAGACUCAAGGGUUCUUCCGACCUCAGCCACAUUCAAAUCAUCAAGAAGGCCGGCGGCAAGCUCUGCGAGUCAUACCUGGACGAGGGUUUCAUCCUGGACAAGAAGAUUGGCGUCAACCAGCCCAAGCGCCUCGAAAACGCAAAGAUCCUCGUCGCCAACACGUCGAUGGACACGGACAAGGUCAAGAUCUUCGGCGCGCGCCUCAAGGUCAGCUCGACCGCCAAGCUGGCCGAUUUGGAAAAGGCCGAGAAGGAAAAGAUGAAGGCCAAGGUGGAGAAGAUCAAGGCGCACGGGAUCAACUGCUUCAUCAACAGGCAGCUCAUCUACAACUGGCCCGAGCAGCUUUUUACGGAUGCCGGCAUCAUGUCGAUCGAGCACGCCGACUUUGACGGCAUUGAGCGGUUAGCUCUCGUGACGGGCGGCGAGAUCACCUCGACGUUUGACCACCCGGAAUCCGUCAAGCUCGGCCACUGCGACUUGAUUGAGGAGGUGAUUAUUGGUGAGGAUACCCUGAUCAAGUUCUCGGGCGUGGCUGCUGGACAGGCGUGCACGAUUGUGCUCCGCGGUGCGACAGAUCAGCUGCUCGACGAGGCCGAGCGCAGUUUGCACGACGCGCUCGCUGUUCUUUCCCAGACUGUCAAGGAGCCCCGGACGACGCUUGGUGGCGGUUGUGCCGAGAUGGUGAUGGCCAAGGCUGUGGAGGGGGCUGCUACCCGGGUCGAGGGCAAGAAGCAGAUGGCUGUUUCUUCCUUUGCUGUCGCUCUCAGACAGCUGCCUACUAUUCUGGCGGACAAUGCCGGUCUUGAUUCCGGGGAGCUGGUUGCUCGCUUGCGCAAGGCUAUAUAUGAUGGCUUGACCACGUAUGGUCUUGACCUGAUGACGCCUGGUGGCGGCAUCACGGACAUGCGGGAGCUUGGUGUUAUUGAGAGCUACAAGCUGAAAAAGGCGGUGGUUUCUUCGGCUAGUGAGGCGGCCGAGCUCCUGCUCCGUGUGGAUGACAUAAUAAGGGCGGCCCCCAGAAGGCGUGAGAGACAUUGA